GAUCAAAGAUCUUUCUUUUUUCUCAACUCCUUUUGAAUUUUCCUUAACCUAAGAUCUUCUUUAGCCAUGAACGAUCUUCUCUCCCGCUCGUUCAAAAGUUCCGUCGCCAACGAUUCAUCGCCGCCGCACUCACACAGCAUCGAGAUGCCAAAGACGAAAAACUCCGCCGGCGGAACCGGUCACGGUGGGAACAAUCUCGACAAGUUCUACCACGACGUAGAGGAAGUAAACGAGGACCUCAAAGAGCUCGAUCGUCUCUGUCACAACCUCCGAUCGAGCCACGAGCAGAGCAAGACGCUUCAUAACGCUAAGGCCGUGAAGGAGUUAAAGGGGAAGAUGGACGCUGACGUGUCUGCUGCGCUUAAGACUGCGACGCGCGUGAAAGGGAACCUCGAGGCUUUGGAUCGGGCUAAUGAAGUGAACCGGGGUUUACCGGAGUGUGGACCGGGUUCGUCGUCUGACCGGCAAAGGACUUCGGUGGUUAACGGGUUGAGGAAGAAGCUUAAAGAUGCUAUGGAAAAUUUUAAUCGAGUGAGAGAGACGAUCUCGACUGAGUACAGAGAGACUAUUAUGAGAAUGUACUUCACCGUCACCGGAGAAAAUCCCGACGAAGCUACCGUCGAUCGCCUCAUCUCCACAGGAGAGAGUGAAACAUUUUUGCAAAAAGCGAUACAAGAACAAGGUCGUGGUAGGAUUUUGGACACUAUCAACGAGAUACAAGAGAGGCAUGACGCGGUGAAAGACAUUGAGAAGAGCUUGAACGAGUUGCACCAGGUGUUUCUCGACAUGGCUGUGUUGGUUGUUCACCAGGGUGAACAGCUCGAUGAUAUUGAAGGGAAUGUCAAACGAGCUAACUCGCUUGUUAGGUCCGGUGCUGACAAGCUUGUCAAGGCACGGUUUUAUCAGAAGAAUACGCGCAAGUGGACUUGCUGUGCCAUUUUGCUUUUGAUUAUGAUUGUGGUUCUAGUUGUGGUGUUUACUGUUAGGCCUUGGGAGAGUGAUGGUGGGGGUGGUGGAGGUUCGCCUCGUCAAGCUACUCCGGUUCAAGCUCUGCCACCGCCACCUCCGUCUGUGAACCGGCGGCUACUUCGCUAAAUCUUUUUUAUGAGCUAUAUAGGUUCUCUCGGUCUAUGCAUUGGCCUAUCUAUGUUUUGACUUUUGAGAUUGUUUUUUCUUUCUAAUUUUAUUAUCUUUUGAAAUGUUUUUUUUUUUUUGGUUAAACUUUGUAUAUAAUGCGAUCAGGACAUUUUUUUUUUUUUUUAAUUACGAAAGACAAUAAUGAAAUUUUCUGUUAAUGCCAAUUGGCUCUUUUGAGCUAA